AUGUUCUUUACGUUCCUUGCGUACGUGAUCUUGCGAAUCUGGCUCUGGGCGACCCGCAGACGUCGAGUCGAUCGUUUCGUGAAGUUCGCCAACUGGACCUCUAACGACCCGUUUGAAUAUGGCCUGCUCUGCGGGCCUGAUGAAGCAGAGAUCGAACAACCGAAACUUCGACUUAAGCACACGGAAGACGUGAUCGACAUUUUCGCUCAGAAUAGCAAGGAGCAGAUCCUCUUCGCCAGGAUUUCCCGUCUUGGGAACGGGCUCGCUUCGAUGUCGUUCUACAUUCGACUCGGCAAUAAGGGCUCUUGGAAAUCGGACAGUGUAUCCGUCGAUAGAAGCUGGUCCGAUGGCUACGCUGCCGCGGGGCUGCGAAUCGAGAUCAUACAAUUGAAACAGAGGUGGAGAGUAUCUUUCAAUGGAGUUGUACGAGACGACGACGAUAAUGAAUGCCACCUCCGAGCUGUCUUUGUCGGGAAUUUCAUCUCGGGUUUGGGCGACUACAAGGUUUUCCAUGACGAGAAAUUCCUCGCCAAACAGUUGGCAGAGAGUAGCUUCAGAGCGAACCCCAACUCGUUGCGGGAACUCGAUAUCUACGUGCAACCAUUCUCACUCACUGGCAAAGUGUUCGUCAAUGAUAUCGAAGAAGAAGUUUUCGUUUGGGGAUAUCGUCGCAAGCAGAUGCUCAGCAAAGAAGUUUCAGAAGUGCAACAAGAAGCCCGCAUCACGCUCUACACGAAGAACGGUCUCGGCUUAGAUCUGAAUGAAGUUCGUGUGGACAACCUGAGCACGAAGCCGCUCAUCUUCGGCCAUCUCGCUUUCCCUACUUACCAACAGCGUCCUGUGGAAUCUUGCUCCGUGAGUUCUUUGACCGGUGCAAGCGAUCUCGAGGUUGGCGCAGACAAACACCAGAAUCUUCGCCUGAGCAUCAAGACACAAAUAGACUGCGCGGCUUGGUCCGAGCUGCGAGGGAGUCAAUGGAUGAGACAAACUUUCCAAAUUGUCAGGCUCACCUAUGAUGGGAACCCCGGAUACGGUCUCUCGGUCUCUAAGGAGGGCUCGACCGCCAUCAGCCUCGAGGUUCCGAUCGUAAGACCCUAUGUCCGACUGCUCGGUGCUCCGGAGGCGAAGAGCUCGCAAAGACACGUACUCCUAUUCACGGAACAAGUCUGCCAGAACGAAGCUCUCACAGGUGGCAAAGGGAGCAGUCUCGCUGUGCUGACCGACAUAUCCCGCGAAAAUGCUACGAAGUUUUCGGUUCCUCGUGGACUCUGUGUCACAACUCGAGCGUACAGGAAGUUCGCGAGUUCAUCUCGAGUGAGUAGAGCGAUCGAGAAUUUAGUCUCAUUCUGUGGAACCCGACCGAGCAAUGAUGAUCUUAGUGGCGAAUGCGAGAAGACAACGAAAAUUGUUGCCUCGGCCGCUCUGCCUUCCGAGACGUCGGAACAGAUCCGACUCGCCUUAGAGAAAGUCUUCGGUUCUGACGCCUAUACGGCGAAAUUCGCAGUCCGAUCAUCCGCCUGCGGGGAAGAUUCCGAAGACAUGUCCGCGGCAGGCCAAAUGGAGACAUUUCUGGGCGUUUCGGGUCUCGAUGCGGUUGCAGAGUCGGUGGCCAAGUGCUGGGCGAGCCAAUUCAGUUUCGUCGCGGUACAGUACAAACGCCGUUACGGUCAACCGGUGGACUCGGACAUGUGUGUAGUGAUUCAAGAGAUGGUUCCAUCUGAUGUGUCUGGAGUGAUGUUCACCGUCGACCCCAUCUCGGGGAAUCCGUUGUCCAUGUCAAUCACCGCGAAUUUCGGUCUUGGAGAAAGCGUGGUUUCCGCGGCGGCUGAUCCUGACACUUUCGUAGUGAAACGGGCCGGUGACGGCCUCCUUUCCAUUGACAAGAGGCAGCUCGGCCUGAAGAACUUAUCCACCGUCCUGUCAGAAUCGGGGGGAACGCAAGACGUGCAGAGAGGCGACCGCUCGCGGGAACAAAGUCUGAGCGAUGCGGAAAUUUUACGACUCGCCGAAGUCGGCCUCCUCCUCGAGGAUAACUUCGCUAGUCCCAGAGACAUCGAGUGGGCUUUUCACGAAGGUCAGCUGUACAUGCUGCAGGCGCGACCCGUUACCUCUACGGACAAUAUUGACACAGAAUUCGAAUACCUCCACGAGAGCGACGGGGGACUAGCCGCGGAAUUCGACUCUCUCUCGAAAGCUAACAUAGGGGAAGUAUUCGGAGGGAGCCCGUCCACGAUGCUGCAAGCGAUCAUGCCGGCAAUGUUCCUCGAAGAUCGACUACAGGCCCAAGCGGCCGGGGCAGAUUACGGUCGACAUCCCUGUUCACGUUUCGAAGUCCUCUGCUUCCAUCACAGCCAGUGUUUCUUCACUACAUCAUCGUCGUUCGGCGACUUUGCUGGUGAUGAUAUCAUGUCCAAAGGAUUCGCCAUAUCGAUAGCAGGACGCCUCAUCGACGACGACAUCGUCAUCAGGAGCAACAGGAACAAAUCAAAGUACAGGUGCCCGGGAGCUCGUCAGCCGGGCUUUUCGGAGCUCGUCCCGAUCGUCUUGAAGUCGGAGAAGAUUACGCGGGAUACUGAAGCGAUGCUCGCAAAAUACAAAUCGAGGAUAGACACGAUAUCUGACUUGCGUGAGAUGCUAAUCGCAUCGUUCAGCGAGCCUAUCCUCCUGUCCCAGACUCAUGACUCCCACAUGAAAAUCAUCAAAUAUGGCUCUUUCAUGAACGUGAUCCUUCUCUCGCUCCUCGCUCACGCCGAAGGAGGCUUCACCACGAACGUUUUCGCGGAUUUCGCUCUGUUAGUGUCUUCAUGCAAUAACAUUCUGAGCGCGGGGGUACCGCAGUCACUCCACGAAAUCGCUUGUGCGGUCAGUAACGACUACGGCUCAAGGUUCGUAUCCAUGGAUCCACAGGAAGCUCUGAGCCUACUGCGGGAAGGAAGCACGAAGAGCGCGGCACUCUUCCGUGAGUUCCUUCUACGCCAUGGACACCGGAGUAUUCGGGAGUUCGACACUGCGAGUCGCUCAUGGAGCAUGGAUCCCCUACCUCUGAUAAAAACACUGCAAUCUAUGGUUAACAGCGACCCAAAGAGCACUGGGGAGAAGCCGAAAAUCGCCGUGGAAGAGCUACUCGAAGGAAUGAAGAUCGAGCUACCUUGGUUCAAGAAGCAAAUCCUCAAGUUUAUUCUGUCCCAUGUGAGAAAGGGUAUCGCUCUGCGUGAGCGCACCAAGUCUGGAAUGAUAGACGGCGGUCAUAAGCUCCGACUGAACCUCCGACUUGUUGCUAAGAGGAUGGUGCGAGAAGGGAGACUACCAGAUGAAGAUCUGCUGUUUCAUCUCUCUCCGAAUGAGAUCUUGACACUCAUCGACACAAGGAAUCCUCGUUUGGUCGUCCGCGCCAUGAAUCGUAUGAAAAACGCCGACACAGCCGCUCGAGCCAUCUAUCCCGAGCAUAUCGCCUGUCCUCCGUUUGUUCCAACUAACAUGACUCGGGAGCUUGUGAUUCCUCCGACCGGUGCGCGGUCGAUGAAAGGCACACCCGUAUCUAAAGGGAGGAUCGUAGCCACGGCCAGAGUUGUGGCAAGACUUGAGGAUGCGCACGAAAUUCGAAAAGGCGACAUUCUGAUUACUUACGCUACGGAUAUCGGAUGGAGUCCUUACUUCCCCCUACUCGGUGGUGUGGUCACGGAGCUCGGAGGUCUCAUUUCUCACGGUGCCGUGGUGGCCCGUGAGUACGGUCUACCGUGCGUGGUCGGUUGCCACGGGGCAACCCAUUUGUUCCAAUCUGGAGAAGAAAUUAUGCUUGACGGGAACGCCGGAACAGUCUCAACGACUUCCUCUUAG